CUUGCAUGUGCAGUUUUGUAAAGCAAACUCGAGGUGCGAUUUCUCGCAGCCCAUCUGUCUGCAACGUAAAUUUACCCAAACAGCAAAACUCGACCAAAUGUCGGUCGGUAUGGGAGCAGCGCACAACCCAAAUCCGUAUGCACAACUUCCGUGCGAGCUGUGAGGCACUGUACAGUGAACUGGAGCCUGAAGACCGUUUGCGUUAUGCCACCACCUUACGACUGCGGCCAGAUAUGAAGAGUCACAUGGACCGACCAUUGCUGGUGGAGCCGCAAGAUUCCACAGAGACCAAAGACGGCAGCCCAGAAGCAUUAGCACCCAACGAGAUAGAGCCAGGGCCUGUGGGGGCUACAGAGCCAGCACCGCGGAAACACCGACAUCGUGAGAGAGGCACGGGCGAAACCAAUGGCGGCUGUAGAGAGAAUGGUAACCAUAAUGGAGACUCAGGUAGUAACGAUAGAGAAGAGCGCCAUCGGCAGCAUAGAAGUCGUAGUAAAGAAGGGGAAGGUGGAAAGGAAGGAAGGGGAGAGCGGAAUCGAAGCCAAGAGAGGGGAAAGCGGCACCACCGCAGGGCCUCACCCGAAGAGGGUACAGAAAGGGAGCACCGCCGGCACCGUACGCACCGCCAUUCUGCAGAAAGACAAGGCAAAGAUGGUAAUGGACAACCAGGUUCCGGCAGCAAGGGUGAGAGGAAGUCCCGACACCGAGGAGGAGGAUCUAGAUCAGGCACCAGAGAUGGAGAUGGCACAACCCGUGGUGAAAAUGGGGAGGAGGUUCCUCGGUCACGUCAUCGCAACAGGCACAAAGCACUUUCCACAUAUGACACAGAGAGAAAAAAGAAAACAAAGAUGGAGAAUCUGCCGAGAAGGAACAUCGCAAUCACAGACCCAGGGACCACCGUAACGAGGCUGAGGUCCCUGUCGGGGGUCUAGAGCAGCUGCCGGAGCAAUCAGAAGAUGCCGAUAACCAGAAAAAUGUGAACCGAAUGUCUCAGCCGCACACGGACCGCUCCAGCACAGUUAAUAUACCCGUCACCAUCACAGCACCGCCUGGAGACACCGCUGUCAUACCAAUCAAUAACGUGGAAUUCGACAUCAAGUCUGAGGAGAAGAAGGAGAUGGAAGCAGAAGACUUAACGAAAAAUGGGCCGAAGCAGAUCCUGCCAUACAGCUCCAUGUUCAUCUUCAGCUCCACCAACCCAGUCCGCCGUCUGUGUCACUACAUUGUCAACCUACGCUAUUUUUGAGAUGGUCAUCCUGGUAGUCAUUGCCCUGAGCAGCAUUGCGCUGGCUGCAGAAGACCCCGUACAGGCCGAUGCCCCUCACAACGAUGUGCUGAAAUACAUGGAUUAUAUUUUCACAGGGGUCUUCACUUUUGAGAUGGUGAUCAAGAUGAUUGACCUAGGUCUUCUCCUUCAUUCUGGUUCAUAUUUCCGGGACCUCUGGAAUAUUUUAGAUUUUAUCGUGGUCAGUGGAGCCUUGGUGGCUUUCGCCUUCUCAGGGAACAAAGGGAAAGAUCUAAACACCAUCAAAUCCCUGCGGGUCCUCAGGGUUCUGCGGCCUCUGAAAACCAUUAAGCGGCUGCCCAAGCUCAAGGCGGUGUUCGACUGUGUAGUGAAUUCACUGAAGAAUGUACUCAACAUCCUCAUCGUUUAUAUGCUCUUCAUGUUCAUCUUUGCCGUCAUUGCUGUUCAGCUUUUCAAGGGCAAGUUCUUCUACUGUACAGAUGAGUCAAAAGACCUGGAGAAAGAUUGCCGGGGGGAAUAUCUUAAUUAUGAAAAUGAUGAUGUGAGGGCACAGCCCAGGGAAUGGAAAAAAUACGAGUUCCACUACGACAAUGUUCUCUGGGCUCUCCUGACUCUCUUUACGGUUUCCACUGGGGAAGGGUGGCCCAACGUCCUCAAACACUCAGUGGAUGCCACCAGUGAGGACCAGGGCCCCACUCCCGGAUUUCGCAUGGAAAUGUCAAUCUUCUAUGUGGUCUAUUUUGUAGUCUUUCCUUUCUUCUUUGUCAACAUCUUUGUGGCUCUAAUUAUCAUCACUUUCCAGGAACAGGGAGACAAGGUCAUGUCGGAGUGCAGUCUUGAGAAGAACGAGAGGGCCUGCAUAGACUUUGUCAUCAGUGCCAAGCCCCUAACGCGAUACAUGCCACAGAACCGUCAAUCAUUUCAGUAUAAGAUGUGGCGGUUUGUGGUGUCUCCUCCAUUUGAGUAUUUCAUCAUGGUGAUGAUUGCGCUCAACACCAUUGUGUUGAUGAUGAAGUUCUAUGGAGCACCAACUACUUAUGAA